AUGAUUAAAUUAAUAGGUUUAAGUACUACAAUUAUUAAUUUAAUUAUUUCUUUAAUAAUAUAUAUAUUAUUUGAUUUUAGUAGUAAACAGUUUCAAUUUAUACAAGUUCAAGAACAUUAUCAAAUAAAUUAUUUUGAUAUAUAUUUAGGAGUUGAUGGAAUAUCUAUAUAUUUUGUUUUAUUAACAACUAUUAUUACACCUAUUGCUUUAAUAUCUAAUUGAAAAUCGAUUGAUGAAAAAAAUGUAUUAUCUUUUGUAAUAAUUAUAUUACUUUUAGAAGCUUUAUUAUUAGGAGUGUUUUUAGUAUUAGAUUUAUUAUUAUUUUAUAUAUUUUUUGAAAGUAUAUUACCUCCUUUAUUUUUAUUAAUAGGUUUAUUUGGAUCAAGUAAUAAAGUUAGAGCUAGUUUUUAUUUAUUUUUAUAUACUUUACUAGGUUCUCUAUUUAUGUUGCUUUCUAUAAUAACAAUGUCUUCUAUAAUGGGGACAACUGAUUUUGAUGCAUUAUCUAAAGCAAAUUUUAAUUAUAUAACUCAACUUUUUUUAUUUUAUGGUAUAUUUAUAUCUUUUGCGGUAAAAACACCCACAAUUUUUUUAAAUACUUGAUUAUUAAAAGCUCACGUAGAAUCUCCUUUAGCUGGUAGUAUUCUUUUAGCUGGUAUUGUUUUAAAAUUAAGUUUGUAUGGUAUAUUUAGAUUAAUUUUACCUUUAUUACCUAAAGCUAGUAUUAAUUAUACUUAUAUAAUAUAUGUUAUAGGUGUAAUAACUAUUAUAUAUGCUAGUUUUAGUACAUUAAGAACUAUAGAUAUUAAAGAACUUAUUGCUUAUUCAUCAGUAUCACAUGCUGCUGUAUAUUUAUUAGGUGCAUUUAGUAAUUCAAUUCAAGGUAUAGAAGGUGCUAUUUCUUUAGGUUUAGCUCAUGGUUUUGUUUCAUCUGGGUUAUUUAUAUGUGUUGGUGGUGUUUUAUAUGAUAGAUCUUCUACUAGAUUAAUUACAUAUUAUAGAGGUUUAGCUCAAUUAAUGCCUAUUUUUAGUAUAUUAUUUUAUAUAUUGUCUUUAGGUAAUUGUGGUGCUCCUCUUACUUUAAAUUUUAUAGGUGAAUUUAUGUCACUUUAUGGUACAUUUGAAAGAGUACCUUUUUUAGGUUUAUUAGCUAGUAGUUCUAUUGUAUUUUCUGCUGCUUAUACAAUCUUUAUGUAUAAUAGAAUAGCUUUUGGAGGAAUUUUUUCUUCUUAUUUUUUUAAAUAUUUAUUUGAUCUUAACAAAAGAGAAUUUGUUUUAUUAACUUGUCUUGUUAUAUUUACAGUAUUAUUUGGUGUUUAUCCUGCGCCUAUUUUAGAUGGUUUACAUUAUUCAGUUUCUUCUUUAAUUUAUUCUAAUUAA